CAUCAGCUGUUUUAAUAACUAAUAAAUAACAUAAGUAGUUAAAACAUGGAUACAUAGAAAAUAUAAAAUUAAAGAAAAAAAAUGAAAUUUUGUCUACUUCAUGAAAGAAAAGUUUUUUUGUUUUUUUUUUUAAUUUCGCUCUAAAUAUAGUUUGUCUCUCAAGGUGAGUUUAUUUUUGCAAGGUCAAAGCAUAUGUUUUGGAAUUAAAAAGUAUUUUGAAAUAGAAAACCUUUGAAAACAUUGCGGGUUUUAAAAGGCAAAUAAAAUGUUUGAUAAGAUGAUAUUUUUAAGAACUUUUUUUUGAUUAAAGUUUUUUUCUAAAAUGUUUGGAAACGAAAAAAACAAUACAACAACACUCGUAGAAUACCACUCUGUCACUGUUUUGAAAGUUGUACUUCUCGUAUUAUCUUCAGUAAGUCUUUUAGCAAAUCUUCUUCUGGCUUCGUUUAUAACGUUGAAAUUUAAAAGCAUUUUAAAACGAAAAUCAAACAAGUUUUUAUUUAACCUAGCUAUAUCCGAUGCCUGCGUUUCGACAACAACCGUUUGUUUUUCUGCAUCAAUCAUUUCGGAGAAAAUUUUUGACUCUGACAUCAUUUUUCAUAAUAAGCACAAACAUUGGCUUAUUUUAAUUGCAGCUUUUGCUCCAAUAUCUAUUUUAAAUUUAAUGCUUCUUACAAUCGAUAGAUUGAUAGCAAUAAAGAUGCCAUUUUUUUACGCAGAUAAAUUUAUGAAUAAACAUGUGUAUUGCUUUAUAUCGAUAAGCUGGAUUUUUGCUGUAGUUGAUAUAUUAACAUUUGAGUUUUUGAUAGUUUAUUUGGAAGUUUCUCAUGAAGUUUUUAUCACUUUUGUUCAAACUUGCCUUGCUUGCUUUAUAUCAGUGGGAUUUUUAACAUUAAGUUUAUCUAAUAUUUUUAUAUUUAUUGAUGCGAGACGCCAGCUUCGAUUUAUUAGUACUGUAACUUCUGAUCAAUUAAAUCAAAAGUAUUUACUUCACGCUAAAGAAUGUCGAUUAAUAAGAAUGACUUUUGGGUUAGCAAUAACUUAUUUGAUUUGUUGGUUACCUUGUUUUACCAUUUCCAUUUAUUUUCUCUAUACAAAGACUUUUAAGUUCAUGUAUAUGAUAGGCGUCUGGAUUGCUGCUCAUAUGAACCAUUUGUUAAAUCCUAUUAUUUAUGUUUCUGUAAGCUAUGAUAUUAAAGCCGACCUAAGGAAAUAUUUCUUUAAAGCAAAAAUUAAUACACCACCAUUUUCCUUCAACAAUUUUACAUCAGAUUCCUUCACUUUAGACUCUUUAAAUUACCAAAAAUCGCAAAUUCAGGCAAUCAGUCAAAUUGAAAAGUAGAAGACCUUUGAUGUACCAUCAAAUAAAUUAUAAUGAGAAAAAGCGUUAAAAUGAUGAGCAACAGAAUAGAAAAGCAUAAGAACAGCAGAAUGAACGUAAAGAAGGAGAGUAAAUUAUACAAACUGGAUUAGAUUUAUAUUGUAGCUAAUAAAAAACUGGAGACUAAAUUAUCUGAAAAUUCGACACGUAAUUGUAAUGAUACAUAUUGAAGUAUCUCAAAAGAACAUUGUUCGUUGCUUAAUUUAUUUGGAUUUGUGAAUUCAAACUGUAAAAAGCAAGCUAAAAAAUAAAUGUUUGGUUUUACGCUGGCAAAAACAGUAAAGAUGCGCUAUUUCUUGAGUAAAAUAUUUUGAAUUUACACUAGGCGUUACCAUAGCAGCAGAUAACGUUUUCAAACAUGUAGGAGGAUGGUUUCUUUUUAAUUAUUUCAGGCAGUUGUAGAGAUUUAACCGGAAAAGUUUUAAUUAAAUUUAGUUUCAAGCAAAAAAAAGACUGGCAACUCAUUUUUAGUAGGCAGCACAGUGAGUCAUGGUGUGCCAAAAGUUAAAUUUAUUUUUAUAAAAUUUUGAAUGACAAACUACUAUUCAAUGAACGUAACAUUGAUUUACAUAAAAACAUAAGGAUUGUUAAUCAAAAAAUGCACUUUAGCUAAAAAAUUUUAGUUUUUAAUUUGUCACCCUGAACAAUAUUUAAGGCGGUCAAGCGCUUUUCUAAAAAUGUUUAAAAUAUAUUUAUAUGGGUUGCCAUUUAA